CCCGCGUCCCUCGCCAAUCGUGCCUCUCGUUCUAGACUUGCAAAGGGGCUGCCCAGGGCUGGAGGGUCCCGGCGGGCAUGCCGCCGCUGUCCUCGCUGCAUCUUUUUAGCUGUAGCCGAGGCGUCGCUAGCUCCUACCUCCUGGGCUGGGCAGGACGCUUAAGGCGCAUCGGGGCUUUGGAGCAUCCGCCCGGGGACUCUGCAUGAUUUAAAAGAAAAAUCCGAAUCGAUUGCCGUCGGACUGCCUUUGUCUUGGCCGGGAAUAUGUGGGUCAACCCGGAGGAAGUGCUGCUGGCAAACGCCCUGUGGAUCACGGAGAGGGCCAAUCCUUACUUCAUCCUGCAGAGAAGAAAAGGGCACGGAGGAGAUGGAGGCAGCGGAGGGAUCGCUGGUCUCCUUGUGGGAACUCUUGAUGUUGUGCUAGAUUCAAGUGCAAGAGUAGCACCAUAUCGCAUUCUGUACCAGGCUCCAGAUUCUAUGAUAUAUUGGACUAUUGCCUGUGGUUGUUCAAGGAAAGAAAUAACUGAACAUUGGGAAUGGCUUGAACAGAAUUUACUGCAAACUCUUUCUAUCUUUGAAAAUGAAAAUGACAUAAACACAUUUGUCAGAGGAAAAAUACAGGGCAUCAUUGCAGAAUAUAACAAAAUCAAUGGCAUCAGGGAGGAUGAUGACACUGAAAAAUUUAAAGAGGCGAUCGUCAAGUUCCACAAACUUUUUGGGAUGCCUGAGGAAGAGAAGCUGGUGAAUUACUACUCCUGCAGUUAUUGGAAAGGGAAGGUCCCACGUCAGGGCUGGAUGUAUCUCAGCAUUAACCAUUUGUGUUUCUAUUCCUUUCUCAUGGGGCGGGAAGCCAAGCUAGUCAUCCGGUGGGUUGAUGUCACCCAGCUUGAGAAGAACGCCACUCUGCUUUUACCUGAUGUGAUCAAAGUGAGCACAAGGUCCAGCCAGCAUUUCUUCUCAGUAUUCCUCAACAUCAACGAGACAUUUAAACUAAUGGAGCAACUUGCCAACAUAGCCAUGAGGCAGCUCUUGGACAACGAAGGCUUUGAGCAAGAUAGGUCACUACCCAGACUGAAAAAGAAGUCCCCUAAAAAGGUGUCUGCACUAAAACGGGAUCUUGAUGCCAGAGCAAAAAGUGAGAGGUACCGUGCCUUGUUCCGGCUUCCAAAGAAUGAAAAACUAGAUGGACAUACAGAUUGCACCCUGUGGACUCCAUUUAACAAAAUGCACAUUUUGGGUCAGAUGUUUGUGUCUACAAAUUAUAUCUGUUUCAGCAGCAAGGAGGAAAACCUGUGCAGCCUUAUUAUCCCACUGCGAGAGGUGACUAUUGUAGAAAAGGCAGACAGCUCUAGUGUAUUACCCAGCCCGUUAUCUAUCAGCACUAAAAACCGCAUGACAUUUCUUUUUGCCAAUUUAAAAGACAGAGACUUUCUGGUGCAAAGAAUUUCUGACUUCCUCCAGCAAACUACUUCCAAGAUCUACUCUGAAAAAGAGAUUUCUGGAAGUUACAACAGCUCAGAUGAUGAGCUCUAUUCAAGGGCAAGUAGUAUCCUUUCAUCAAGCCCCCAAAGGAGCCUUGGUUCUGAAGCAGAUGGAGAACGACAGUUUAACUUGAAUGGCAAUAGCAUCCCAACUGUAACACAGGCACUAAUGACCAUGUAUCGGCGACGUUCACCUGAGGAAUUCAAUCCGAAAUUAGCAAAAGAAUUUUUGAAAGAGCAAGCUUGGAGGAUUCAUUUUGCUGAAUAUGGCCAAGGCAUCUGUAUGUAUCGUACAGAGAAGACAAGAGAACUUGUUCUAAAAGGUAUUCCUGAAAGCAUGAGAGGGGAACUCUGGCUGCUCCUGUCAGGAGCUAUUAAUGAAAUGGCCACCCAUGGUGGCUAUUAUGAAGACUUGGUGGAGAAAUCCAUGGGAAAAUAUAACCUUGCAACAGAAGAGAUUGAGAGGGAUUUACACCGCUCCCUCCCAGAGCAUCCUGCAUUCCAGAAUGAGAUGGGUAUCGCUGCUCUGAGGAGAGUACUAACUGCUUAUGCAUUUAGAAAUCCAAACAUAGGAUACUGUCAGGCCAUGAACAUUGUUACAUCAGUACUGCUUUUGUAUGCAAAGGAAGAAGAAGCAUUUUGGCUGCUUGUGGCUUUGUGUGAGCGCAUGCUGCCGGAUUACUACAACACAAGAGUUGUUGGUGCCCUGGUGGAUCAAGGUGUGUUUGAAGAGUUAGCUCGAGACUAUGUUCCUCAACUUUAUGACUGCAUGCAGGACUUGGGGGUCAUCUCCACGAUCUCUCUUUCUUGGUUCCUCACACUCUUCCUUAGCGUCAUGCCCUUUGAGAGUGCUGUGGUGGUUGUGGACUGCUUCUUUUAUGAAGGCAUAAAAGUGAUAUUCCAAUUGGCAUUGGCUGUGCUCGAUGCAAAUGUGGACAAGUUGCUGAAUUGUAAAGAUGAUGGUGAAGCUAUGACUGUACUUGGAAGGUAUUUGGACAGUGUGACCAAUAAGGACAGCACUUUGCCACCAAUUCCUCAUCUUCACUCACUACUAAGUGAUGAUAUAGGGCCUUAUCCUGAAGUGGAUAUCUUCAGGCUCAUCAGAACUUCCUAUGAGAAAUUUGGAAGCAUACGAGCAGAUUUGAUUGAACAAAUGAGAUUUAAGCAAAGAUUGAAGGUGAUCCAGACCCUUGAAGAUACUACCAAACGCAAUGUGGUACGAACCAUAGUGACGGAAACCUCUUUUACAAUAGAUGAGCUGGAGGAGCUGUAUGCUCUUUUCAAGGCAGAGCAUCUCACUAGCUGCUACUGGGGAGGCACCAGCAAUGCUACUGAUCGCCACGACCCCAGCUUGCCUUACUUGGAACAGUACCGCAUUGACUUUGAGCAGUUCAAGGGGAUGUUCGCUCUCCUCUUUCCUUGGGCUUGUGGAACUCACUCUGAUGUUUUGGCUGCCCGCUUAUUCAGAUUACUGGAUGAAAAUGGAGAUUCCUUGAUCAACUUUCGAGAGUUUGUUUCUGGGCUAAGUGCAGCAUGCCAUGGAGAUCUUACUGAAAAGCUGAAGUUGCUAUAUAAAAUGCAUGUUUUGCCUGACCCAUCUUCUGAUCAAGAAGAGCCAGAUUCUGCUUUUGAAGCAACUCAGUACUUCUUUGAAGACAUCACACCAGAUUGUACACAUGUUGUUGGUGUAGAAGGCAGGAACAGACAAGGAGCAGAGGAGGGAUUUAUUAACGUGAGUGUGAAAACUGAAAAAGGUAAGAAGAACUCCCAGGAAAACAGAAAUUACCUUAGAAUGUGGAAUCAAGAUAAUAAAUCCAAAGCAAAGAAUGCAAAGGAUUUGCCCAAACUAAAUCAGGGGCAGUUUAUUGAAUUGUGCAAGACAAUGUAUAAUAUGUUCAGUGAAGACCCCAAUGAGCAGGAUCUUUAUCAUGCUACUGCAGCUGUGACAAGUUUGCUUCUGGAAAUCGGUGAGGUUGGUAAGUUAUUUAAUGUCCAGCCUAUUAAAGAGCCCGAGAGUAGCAGCAAAGGCAUUCAGAAUGCCCCACUUCUAAAGAAGGGAAGCCAGCAGUAUCACCUUGAACGUGAUCCUUUCCAAGAUGGCUUCCUGGCUGAUGAAGAAGAGAAUAUUUGUGGUGAUGGUGCACAGAUGGAGGACAUUAAGCUGGAAGAUUCUUCUCCUAGGGAUAAUGGAGCUGGUUCUUCCAUGCUUAUUUCUGAUGAUGACACUAAAGAUGACAGCUCCAUGUCUUCCUACUCCGUCCUAAGUGCAGGUUCUCAUGAGGAUGACAAGCUACAUUGUGAAGACAUCAGUGAAGACACUGUUUUGGUUCGAAGCAGCAAUGCCACUUCUCUGCCAAGAAGCACUAGCAUUGAUAGAGACUGGGCCAUCACCUUUGAGCAGUUUCUGGCUUCCCUCUUGACAGAACCAGCCCUUGUGCGGUACUUUGACAAGCCAGUGUGCAUGAUGGCAAGGAUUACAAAUGCUAAAAAUGUGCGGAUGAUGGGCAAACCCAUUAUAUCUGUGAGUGACUAUGAAAUCUCAGCUAUGUCAGGCUAAGUGAGCCAGCUAAUUUUUUAUUGCAUAUGUUAGGUUUUUAUUACGUAUUACAGGUCCUGUUUUCAAAACUUGCUAGUCCUCACUCAUGUGGACACACUGGGAUGUAAUUCUUACCUUGAAUUAUUUUUCUCUUUAUGGGAAACAUUACCAGAAUGCUUUUCCCUGCCAGUAUACAUUGGGGGGAGGGGGUGUUCAUUGUCUGUGGUGUGUGCGUGUAUUAUUAGCCUUGCUAUCCAUGGAUAAAUUGGUGACAAUUUGUUCUGUUUUAACUUAAUGAAAAAUUGUGUAUGUUUUCCAAACAGGCCUGAGAUCUUUAAGGAAGAGACUAGUAAAAAUUAAAAAUGGCUGCUCGAAGAACUAGCACUGUAUGUGCUUCAGUGUGCCCAUGGAACUCCUUUGUAUACAGUUUUUCUCCACUCACUUUGGGGGAAGCAGCUCUACAUUAGUAUGCCUUUUUUUGCACAGAGCUGUUUCCUUCAGCUUGAGGCAGAUAGAGAAAUGGAAGCCCCUGUAGGCAAGAAGCAGCAUGUGUGUGCACUGGAAUCCCUGUGCCUGUAAGGGAUUGGUAGACUGAGGCAAAAAUAGAAAGGGAUGCUGUCAACUUGUUUAGGAUUCAGAAGUGUUCUGUGCAGCAUCCCUGGUGGAUGUCUUGUUUGUUUUUUUUUUUAAUCAGGAUUUCUAAUACUUUUUAAAAUGCAUUCUUCAGGGACACUGCCAGAAACUUUCCUUGGCACCUGCUCAAGACCGUACCUAAACACUUCACAGUACCCCUUUUUAAAAUGAGAGGAUUUUUAAAAAAUCUGUAGAUAAUUCUGUGUUGACAAUUUUAGAUCUAAGCAUUACUAUGAAUCUAACUUUUAUCGUAGAUGAAAAAUUCAUAGCUGAAUGGCAAAAUCUCCAUUUAAACCAGUCAUUAGCAGGAAUGUAAUCUAAAAAAGAUCUGCAAGAAAAUGUAACUGAAUGUUUGAAAGUCUUAAUGAAUGAAAACACUGUCACUUUAUUAUAGAUUAAUAUUGUAUAAUGUCAUUUACUGAAUGGUAUGUUGAAUGACAAAUGGAGCACCUGCACUUUGAAUCCUUGCUUCUUUCUCAGAACCAUAAAAUGGACAGAAUCCACUGCUACAGUGCACAUAAUUCCCACAGGCUCAAUAGGAACCUGUUUUCUACAGCCCAUACUGCAUCUGCAGGAAGGAAACAGGAUUUCAAUGAGCCUGUGCAAGUUCUCGGAAUGUGGGCACUGUGGCCAUGGUAAGAUUGGAUUGUGCCCAGUCUUUAAAAAACCAAUACCUUAGUUGAUUUUUCAUUUACAGAUGACUAGGCCCAGAUCAUUCUUAUAUACCUGAACUUCAUUUGCUGCCUUCAAAAAUAUAUCCAUUACUUUUGUUUUUUAUAUAUUGUAUAUUAUCAUGUAAUUUUUUCCAAUUUUUUUAGCCAAAGCUAUGGGCUUAAUUCUUAUUUAAAAUAACUGUCAAAAGUAGUUUUAACCACAGUAGGUAAAUGUGAAUAAGGCUCUUUUUAAAAAAAGAAAAGAAAAACAUUAAACUAGUAUCACAUGCAAAUAGUGUGACUGUCUUUCAUUAUGUAAUUCUUCUAGCAUGAAUUUCAGUUAGUUUUAUGUAACAAAUCAAAACUUGUAUUGAAGGAGGGUCAUCUCUAUAACAGAUAAUUUAAAAGUUAACAAUGCAUAGGAUGUCUCCAUGGCACAUAUUUUCUUCAUAGGCCUGUGACUGAAGCAUGGAAUAUGGAAUCUUCCCCAAGGUACCAUCCUGAAAAUAAAAACUUUCUGUAUUCCUGUCCAAUUGUAUGUGAUGGGUGGUAAGGUUUUAGCUAGAGGCCUAGCCUGCAGUACCCUGCUGCAUGAAAUCUCUGGAUUGGGAUUAGUGACAUUGGUAUCAGAAUUCCCAUCAAAGAGAAGCAUAGCAAUUUGCUUAAAAUGCUUCAGCAAAAUGAUCUCUGCCUAGGGAUAAAACACAGAAGCAGCAAAACUAAAAUAAGCAGCUUACAAUUACAAGCCCAAAACAAAUUACUAGGUAGCGCUACCUUUCUACUGAGUCCAAAGAACAUAUAAACUUGCCUGAAAAAAGAAUCUAGCUGAAGGGUGAACAUUCAUU